AUGCUGAAAGUACGAAACUACGAUCUUGAUAUUAUAGUGAUAUACAGACCGCCUCACACAAACAAACAACUGUUUGUAAAAGAACUGGAACGAGUAAUUCAACGAGUGCCGAUUAAUCGGGAUAUAAUCAUGUUCGGUGAUUACAAUAUUGAUAUUUUGGAAGAUAAAUUGGACCAUAUCGCUUGUAGUUAUCUUAAUAUGUUAUCAUCACGAGGAUUACAGUGUGGAAUUCAAGACAUAACCCGCGAGGCAGUGAGUGCGGAGCGACGGACAGCCACAAGCAUCGAUCAUGUGUUCGUUAGAACUGAGAGCGCGUCAGAGGUGCAAGCGUAUUUACUUACGAGUCCAUUAGCUGAUCAUUACCUAACGGGACUCACCGCUGUUAUAGGUAAGCGUAUGCCGCAAAAUGUAUGCAAAACAAGUUUGAAUAACAAAGCGAUUGAGAAGAAGUUAGGUGAACAAUAUUGGAAUGAGCUUUUAAAUUAUGAUGACCCUAUCAGUUUAUAUAGUAGAAUCAAAACAAUUUUUUGUAAUAUAUAUAUGACUCAGCGCAAAUAA